GUCUUUCUCUACCAUGACUGUAUCCAGAUAUCUAUGCGACUUUAUCCUGGCUGGGUUGUUCAAGCUACUCUGGGCACCAUCCCUUGUCCCCACACCCAACGACACCGACGAAGUCCGUUUUAACAAGGAACACAUGUAUGACCCUAAUUGGCCGCGCUCCCUCGUCCUCAUCAUCCACCACACCCGCAGACCGUUCCACAAUUUCUUCUUACUCCUCUGGCCCUACCCUUGGCAUUUUGCUUUGCAGCCACUGUACUCAUCUUUCGAGUUUCUCCAGCAUCCCGAGCUUGCUGAUGAACUCCACUCUGACGACUUGAGGCUGCACUACUUCCCUCCGUAUCGUGCGCGAGAUACGCCACUCCGCUCGCUCUACCGCAUGCAUGCAUGGAUCUGUGCAGGAGGCAAGCAUCGUCCGCUGUUGGGUUACGAGACGCAAUAUUUCCUAUCGCACAUUGGACCAGAGUGGAAGCUCGAGAACUUGCCCGAUCCACAGGACCCGGACCCGGUGCGGUAUGCAGUGCUUGCGGGCCUCGUCGAGACCAUGGUCCUCUCGUUCAAUGAACGGUACUCAGAGAUGAAGCUCCCCAGGAUGGGAGAGGGUAUUUCGGUGAUGUACCGAAAGAAGCUGAAGAGGGAGGGGCGUGAGGUCGACUAUGCGACAUUGAAGGAGCGGGCACCUGAAUGGGUGGCGCCAGUUCCACCUGUGGAGGGUCCACCAGUCCAGCUGGCCAUGAUCAAGCAGGAGGGUGUGGCCAUUCAGUUUCGAAAGAGGAACAUCCUUAUCAGUGGGUCAGGGCACAUGUUCUGGGUCUGAGGCCUCACAGGUGUACCUUGCUAAGUAAUGCGAUAGACAUCGUUCUGCACAUUUUCUCACUGAUACUAUGCGCAUCUCCUCAUCGCCGUGAUUGCCUAUGUAUUCCAAAUGAAAACGAAACAUCAUAGCUGCUCAGACGUUUAUCACGAUCAUAUGUAC